GUCGACAUCAACAAAUAUUGCACACAGAGGGAGGGUGGGAAAGUAACGCUAGCCAUAUGAAGUUCUUUAAUAUCUGAAGCCGUGGGAAGAACUCUUAAAAAGGGGGUUGUAAGAUGUUGGCAGAAAUGGAUGAAUGGACGAGUUCCCCAGGGAAGGACUUCGGACAACGGCUGCAAAAGUUUGUGGAGGAAAGGAUGCAAACCACCAUGCUGACGGGUGUGCUGAUCGGUGCAGUGGUGGCAGUUUCACUGAUUGGCAUCGCUGUGCUCUUUCUCUACCGGAGAUACAAACUGGCUAGUGGGCAGCAACCUGGAACCCCUCGAUAUCGUUUUAGGAAAAGAGAUAAGGUGAUGUUUUACGGACGAAAGAUCAUGAGAAAAGUCCAGACUCUGUCCUCAACCCCAGGGCCAACAUCCAUGUCCAAACAGCGUCCACGCAAAAGGCCCAAAGUCCUAAGCAUCGCCCGCAGGAUCCUGCGCAUCAGGAAGGAGCCCCCCACCCUGCAGCCCAAAGAGCCUCCUCCGUCUCUGCUGGAGGCGGACCUCACCGAGUUUGAUGUGCAGAACUCCAACCUGCCCUCCGAGGUGCUCUACAUGCUCAAAAAUGUCAGAGUGCUGGGUCACUUUGAGAAGCCACUGUUCCUGGAGCUGUGCAGGCACAUGGUGUUUGUUGAGCUGCAGGAGGGCGAAGGGCUUUUCCGCCCAGGCGACGACGACGACAGCAUCUUUGUGGUGCAGGAUGGACGCCUCGAGCUGUGCAUCCAUGAAAAUGACGGCACUGAGGCAGUGGUAAAGGAUGUCCACCCUGGAGACAGUGUGCACAGUUUGCUUAGCAUUCUGGACAUCAUCACUGGUUACCCAGCGCCUUAUAAAACGGUGUCAGCCCGUGCCGCCUCUCGCUCCACCAUACUGCGCCUACCAGCCUCUGCCUUCCAGUCUGUCUUCAAGAAGUACCCCGAGACCCUUGUUCGGGUCAUACAGAUCAUCAUGGUGCGUCUGCAGAGGGUCACCUUCCUGGCACUGCACAACUACCUGGGCCUGACCACUGAGCUCUUUAAUCCAGAGAGACAGGCAGUCCCCCUGACUGCAGUGGCCAGUGUCCUUGGAGAGAGCAGUCCCGCCAGGAUGCCACGUCGACCACAUUUCCAAGCCAGUCAGGAUGAGGAGAGUGUGGCAGGGCUGUCCGAGUCGCCAUCAGACACGGAUUCAGGUAAAGUUGGAGGAAUGGGAGAUAACGCAUCGAAUAGCCUUCGCAAGGUCCGCUCACUAUCCGCUGAAAGCGCAGUGUCAGGGAAUGACUUGAACAUGGCCUACGAACGAGCUCGGGUCAACUUGGAGGAGGCCCCUUCAAGCCCAGUCAUCGUUCAUAAGUCCAUCCUUAAGAAGAGUGUGACCAUGCAGCACACUCCGUCAGCUGUGUACCACUACACAGAGAGUGGUAGACGCCCGGACGUCCACCCCAGCAAGGUGGGCGCCAUCUUCCAGGCGGCCAAGAAGGACCUGCUGGGCAUCAUCCCGCUGCAGGACCCAAGUCUGCUAGAAGGCAGGGUCACUCUACACCAGGUCAAAGCGGGGUCUGUGGUCGCACGUCAGGGAGACCAGGACGUGAGUGUGCAGUUUGUCAUCUCGGGGGUGCUGCAUGUGUACCAGCGCAUGAUUGACCGCGAGGAGGACACGUGCCUGUUUGUGACCCACCCGGGCGAGCUGGUGGGCCAGCUGGCCGUGCUCACAGGGGAGCCCCUCAUUUUCACUGUCAGGGCGCACCGCGACUGCAGCUUCCUCUCCAUCUCCAAAACACACUUCUAUGAGGUCAUGCGUGCUGAGCCAACAGUGGUGCUGAAUGUGGCUCACACAGUGGUGCGGCGGAUGUCCUCAUUUGUGCGGCAGAUCGACUUCGCCCUCGACUGGAUGGCGGUGGAGGCCGGACGGGCUGUCUAUAGACAGGAUGAUAAGUCUGACAGCACAUUUAUCGUGUUGAGCGGACGCCUGCGUUCCGUUAUCCUGAAGGAGGACGGGAAGAAGGAGCUGACGGGAGAGUAUGGCCGUGGUGACCUCAUUGGUGUGGUAGAGGCCCUGACUCAUCAGAACAGAGCCACCACGGUGCAUGCUGUGCGGGACUCAGAGCUGGCCAAGCUACCAGAAGGAGCCCUGAGCUCCAUCAAGAGAAAGUUUCCUCAGGUGGUUACCCGCCUCAUUCAUCUUUUAGGGCAGAAGAUCCUUCAGCAAGUUAAUGGUCCCUUAUCAGCUCGCAGCCUGGCUCUGCACACGCCCGGGAGCAAGUGGGAUGCUGGGAACCCGGCGUCCAAUCUGUCCACCGUGACGGUGCUGCCGGUGUCCGAGGAGGUGCCACUCACUGCCUUUACUCUGGAGUUGCAGCACGCCCUCAUCUCUAUCGGACCGACACUCCUCUUGACAAGUAACAUCAUCAAACAGCGCCUUGGGUCCGCAGCUCUGGACAGUGUGCACGAGUACCGCCUGUCCAGCUGGCUGGGACAGCAGGAGGACAUCCACCGCAUCGUGCUCUACCAGACGGACUCCACUCUCACGCCAUGGACGCAGCGCUGCAUCCGGCAGGCAGACUGCAUCAUCAUCGUGGGCCUGGGGGAGCAAGAGCCCACUGUGGGAGAGCUGGAGCGGAUGCUGGAGGGGAGUGCGGUACGGGCCCAGAAGCAGCUGGUGUUGCUGCACAGGGAGGAUGCCCCCCCCCCCAAGGGCACCGUGGAGUGGCUCAACAUGAGGAGCUGGAUCUCCAGACACCUGCACCUCUCGUGCCCGCGCCGCGUCUUCUCCAAGAGAAGCCUGCCCAAACUGAGGGAGAUGUACCAGCGCGUGUUCCAGAAGCCGGCGGACCGUCACUCUGAUUUCUCCCGUCUGGCUCGUGUGCUCACAGGCAAUGCCAUUGCACUGAUACUGGGCGGAGGUGGAGCCAGGGGAUGCUCUCAGGUGGGUAUCCUCCGUGCCCUGAUUGAGGCAGGCAUCCCAGUGGACCUGGUGGGCGGCACCUCUAUCGGCUCCAUGAUGGGGGCGCUGUACGCCGAGGACCGCAGCCACAGCCGCAUGCGCAUACGGGCACGGGAGUGGGCCGUGGAAAUGACUUCCGUGUUCAAGAAAGUGCUGGACCUGACCUACCCCAUCACCUCCAUGUUCUCUGGAGCAGCCUUCAACUCCAGCAUCAGCAACAUCUUCAAAGGCAAGCAGAUCGAGGACCUAUGGAUCCCCUACUUCAACAUCACCACUGACAUCACUAACUCCACCAUGAGGGUACACACAGACGGCUCUCUGUGGAGAUACGUGCGUGCCAGCAUGUCCCUGUCUGGCUAUCUGCCCCCGCUGUGCGACCCUAAAGACGGGCACCUGCUGAUGGACGGUGGCUAUAUCAACAACCUGCCAGCUGACGUGGCACGUUCCAUGGGGGCUAAGGUAGUGAUUGCCAUAGACGUGGGCAGCCAGGAUGAAACCAACCUCACCAACUACGGGGACGCGCUCUCAGGGUGGUGGCUGCUAUGGAAACGCCUCAAUCCCCUUGCAGAGAAAGUCAAGGUGCUGAACAUGGGAGAGAUCCAGACGCGGCUGGCGUACGUGUGCUGCGUGCGGCAGCUCGAAUCUGUGAAGAACAGCGACUACUGCGAGUACAUCCGCCCCCCCAUCGACCGCUACCGCACGCUGGAGUUUGGGAAGUUCGAUGAGAUAGCGGAGGUGGGCUACCAGCAUGGGAAGACAGUGUUUGACGUGUGGUCUCGCAGCGGUGUGGUGGAGAAGAUGCUGAGGGACCGGCACCAGGAGGAGUUCCACAACACCCAGAGCAACAACGUGGUCACCUGUCCUAAUGCCUCGUUCACUGACCUGGCUGAGAUCGUCUCGCGCAUUGAGCCUGUCAAAUCAACUGUAGUGGACGGUAAGAGCAAAGAAGAGUCUGACUACCACACGGACUAUGAAGAGGAGCUGGUGGAGAGCGCUCUCUCAGACCUGGAGCUCACUGGUCGCUACGGAGACCACACCGAAGAGGAAAUUGCGGAUACAGAUGAAGAGUUGGAGCUGCUCCGCCAACACAACUCUUCACCCCCUGUGGAGAACGUGGGGCCUUCCUCUCCCCUCCUCAGCCCUGACACCGACACCUCCUCCAGCCUCAGGGCCAGGAAGGGCCACAGCUCCACACCAGCCAGUCCCUGACCUAAGCUGACCUGACACACACACACGCACUUACACACACUCACACACACGCACUCACACACACACUCACACACAGACGUACAUACACACACAGAAAGUCGGAUUGAAUUAUUCACCUUCCUCAUCCUCUGGGCCAGGAAGGGCCAUGGCUCCACACCAGCCAGUCCUUGACCACACACACACACUCACACACACACACACACACACACACACACACACACACACACACACAAAACAAGCAAACAACUUACUAAGAAUACAUUUAUAUGUUGUCAGGAAUACUUUUAGCCUGAGCCUUAGACACAGACACACACACAUAUACACACACACACACACACACACAUAUACAGUGAAUUGGAUUGAACUCUUUUGAGUUACUACCCCAACUCCUGUAUCCCAGAUGCACUUGAGAAUACUCAGCACAAUCAUGGACAUUAUAACACAAUUGCAUUAGCCUUCCCGUGCAGCUUCCCAAGUCCUGAUGAGAAGGGAAGGCUCAUUUGCCUAUGCUAACCCCUUAGGCUAGCAUCAGGCUAAAGUCCAAUCAUUUGGGGCUAGAGGUGUUUUUGAUGUUAUUGGUCUUCCAUCGGAGGAUAGUUCUAGCCUCGAUUUUCCUCCAUUAGUUAGGACGUGUUAUUUUCCAUACUGUCUUUUGGAUAGGGUUAAGUGUAGAUGUAUUGUUUUUGAUUUGUUUACUGGUUGGCUCUUUUGUAGGAUUUUUUUUCAAUCCAGUGUCUGAAGAAAUCUCCCACAUGAUGGUAAAGUGUUGAUUUUCCCAAACAGCUAAUAAUUAUGGGAAAUAAUAAUUAUGAUUUUUCUCAAAUCACUUAAUAAUGCGACUAGAUCGUCCAGAUGCCUUCUCAGAUUGUCUUUUUUUUAUACAAAAAGCUUGAACAUUUUUUCAUGUAUGCAACGAAUAUAUGCAAAGAUCAUCCAGUAGAGCUGGACAGUACAUUUCAAUGGACAGUCCAUAGACGUGACUAACGAAGAAUGAUUUCAUACCUCUAACCUCUGACACACAGACACAUACAGUACUAACACACACACAUACACACUAUUCUCACAUAAGCCUAUCAAUGCAACAAUUGUUUGACCAAGGAUACCAUGUGUUCUUCGGGCCUCAGAAACAAUGCAAUCUAGCUAGCGCAGAGAAGUGCCUUCGCAUUUAUUCAUCAAUCAUGAUAAUGUGAUUACUCCUAACAUUGAUGCAUCGUAGGUGCUCUAGGGUUCAGAUGUCUCACGUAUCCACUAUUUAGUAAAAAUGAAUAUUAUGAUUGACUGGAAGGUUUAUUGAUGUGAACGAUUCAAACAUGAAUCAAGCAUGUAAGUGAACUGCCAUCGAGCUUUGGCUAGCAAAACCAAAGAGUGGUUUAAAAGGUCUGUUUUGGAAAUCGGCCAUGUAGUGUUGCCGAGAAAGUUGCCACGGUCCUCCCUUCAGCACCCAUGUCCAUUCCAGCCAAGACUAAAUGAUUCUUUGUCUCUGCACACUCAGGGACUUCCGUCUCGAGUGUCCCUGGACUUGAAUCACGCCUUCUACUGAGCUCACUAUUCUCCCUCCAUUGUUAUUAUGUGACCUUGUCUGGUGUAGAAACACCUUAAGCAUUGGUGGUCUGGACACAAGGCUUGAAAGAGCUUGAAAGAAAAUAAUAUUGUGUGUUAGGGUUACGGUCCCGAACAGUUUCCAUUGUUUGGGAAAAAGGCUUGGUGAUUGUGCAAGAAGUGUAACGUGAAUACGGAAUGCCAUGGAGAGUUUGUUUGUGAAGCACUUGUUAUAUAAAGGAGAAGGGUAUUUGAGUUGUAAAAAAUAAGACAUAAUGUGAUGUUUCGUAUUAUUGUUUACUACCUAACAGAUGAGGUGCAAUGACUUCACCUCUGUUCAACAUUUAUUAAUAAAAACUGUUACAUAUGCA